AGGCACGGAAAAUGUUCAAAGUGCUUCGGCAACUUGGAGAAAAAUCUUCCCCAACCGCCUAUAGACGAAAAACACAAACAGAGAAAUCAAGAGAUUCUCGAACGGAAGAGAAAACCAGCUAUCGCUGGAAGAAAAAUGUCUCGUAAAAUAAGCGGACAGGAAUCCUUUCAAAUCGCCGCGAAAUUAGCUUUGGAGCGUCAACAGCAGAAACAGGUGGAGGUGUUUGACUCGCAUGCUAUAGAUAUCACGCAGUUCAAAGAUACCGAUGAUUCAGAAAUCUUUCUCCCACGGCAUCUAAAGAAGCGGCAAAGCAGUCAGUCGUUAAACUUGAAUAAAAGCAACACUCUACAGUUUCAGCAACCAUCCGCACAAAAUGACGAGGGAGGUGAAAUGGAGGAGGUGACCGAGAGCGGAGAAGGUACUUUUGAAGAGUUGCGGCGGGCAUCGCUUGCCUACCGGAUUCUCGGGCCCCAGCAGACAUCGCCGCUUCAGAAUGAUACUCUUCAGGCGUAUUUCAAGUUCCGAACAGACAACAUGGCGAAAGAGGAUCGACUAAAGAGGGUACAAGCUACGGCGAAGAUAAGAAAUAUUGAAGAGGAAACCGUUAAUUCGCCAAGUUCGGUCCGUAAAGCAGCUGUUUCAAAUUCGCGUGCCCUGUUACCACCAUUAAAGAAACUUAGCUUCCAUGGAAACAGUGAUACAAAAUCAAAUUCGGUUAGUGCGGUUUAUCAAAAGAACAAAACGAGUGUAGAACGUCGUGGAAGACUGCCGAAGAUUGCUCGCAGAAAAAGCAAGGGAAAAGACGGGCUCAUUGGGCGUGAUCCUAGAUUUCAAAAACUUCUUUCUAGCCUGGUUCCGUUAUCUGAUAAGACUGAAGGCUUAACUCCUUUUAGUAGAAAAAGACAUUACACGAUGUGA